UUAAAAUGAUGAGAUAUUAAAACAGCCUCUCUUUAUCCUUCAUCAGCUGUCCUGCCAUUUGAACAUAUAUUUUGUUCACUGAUAAAGGGCCUCAAAUUCGUCACGGCGAUCAACUAUACAUAGCCGCAUUCAUGGCAAACCUUCAUGGACAUCCUGCUGGUUUAGAGAAAACCGACUCAAUAAACUAUGAGGAAAAAAGGUCUAAGCUAUCUUUUAAGCAGAGGGCUAUUAAUGUCUCCAACAAAUUAAGGACUUCCUUCGGUAAGAAGAGCAGGAAAAAUGGUAGACCCAUUUCUGUUGUUGAGGAUGUGCAUGAUGCAGAUGAACUGAAAGCAGUUGACGCUUUACGUCAAACUUUAAUAUUGGAAGAACUAUUACCUGCAAAGCAUGAUGAUUACCACAUGAUGUUAAGAUUUUUGAAGGCUAGGAAAUUUGAUAUAGAGAAGACUAAGCAAAUGUGGUCUGAUAUGAUCAAAUGGAGAAAGGAUUAUGGUACCGACACCAUUAUGGAGGAUUUUGAUUUCAAGGAAAAAGAGGAUGUGAUCAAAUACUAUCCUCAAGGUCACCACGGGGUUGAUAAGGAUGGAAGACCUGUCUACAUCGAGCAACUUGGUAAAGUUGAUGCUACCAAGCUCAUGCAAGCCACUACCCUUGAGCGUUACGUCAAGUACCAUGUGAUGGAGUUUGAAAGGACCUUUAUUGAUAAGUUCCCAGCUUGCUCAAUCGCAGCGAAAAAGCAUAUUGAUCAAAGUACGACCAUCCUAGACGUACAAGGAGUGGGACUGAAAAACAUGAACAAAGCUGCUAGGGAGCUGAUUCAGUGUCUCCAGAACAUUGAUGGUAACAACUACCCCGAGACUCUAUGCCGCAUGUACAUCAUCAAUGCGGGAUCUGGUUUUAGGCUUUUGUGGAGCACGGUGAAAUCGUUCCUUGAUCCAAAGACUACUUCUAAGAUUCAUGUUUUGGGCACCAAAUACCAAAGUCAGUUGCUGGAAUUGAUUGAUGCCAGUGAGCUUCCAACGUUUUUGGGAGGUACUUGCACCUGUGCUGAAAAAGGUGGUUGCCUGCGCUCGGACAAGGGCCCAUGGCAAGAUCCAGAGAUCAUGAAGAUGGUUCGUAGUGGUCACCACAAAUGUUCAAAGAAUGCAGUCCCAGAAGAGAAGGUCAUAUCUGAGGAUCAGUCUGCAAACAUGAAAACAUUUUCUUUUAAGAAAGAAGUUGAAUAUCCCAAAGGUGAAGACAUCAAGCAACCAAAUCUUCCUUUGGUUUUUGAAGAGGAUGCAUUAGAAAAGCACCACAGUGAAAAAACCAAUAACACGCCCGUAGUUGACAAGGCUAUAGAUAAUCCUAAGCCAAAGCAGAAGUUAGCCUUUCCUAAAGAUACAGAUUAUUAUCCGAUCCAGGAAGCUUACAAGCCUAAAUCGUCUCCUGAUAGGCUAGGAAACCACCUGAUAUCAGGCAUGAUGACAUUGGUAAUGGGAGUAAUGACCAUGGUACGUAUGACAAAUAACAUGCCAAAAAGACUAACGAAUGCCACACUCUACUCUAUUGGCAUUCAUGAUGAUGAUGAUGAUAUGGUAAAAUGCCCGACAAGAUCUCACAAGGAGCAAGCAUUGUCUAUCUCUACUGGUGAGUACCUCGCCAUGAUGAAACGCAUGGGAGAUUUGGAAGAGAAGGUUAUUGUACUUGACAACCGAAAAAUAGAGAUGCCUGCUGAGAAAGAAGACAUGCUUAAUAAGGCUUUGUCUCGUGUUGAAGCUUUGGAGAGUGAGCUUGCUGCUACCAGAAAGUCUCUUGAAGAGUCCCUUUCUCAACAAAGAGAGAUCAUGGCAUACCUUGAGAAAAAGAAGAAAAAGAAGAGAUUUUUCCGUUUCUGAGCCAACACGACAUCAAAAACGUGAUAUGAACUAACUAGAGGAAGUGAAGAGAAUUGGAAAUCAUGGAACUGGCUGUGAUGUCGAUUUUUGACCCCCUUGUCCAAGUGUGAAGGUUUGCUUUGUGUAUAACAUACCUCUUUAACAACCAUGUUUGCAAUUUCUUAUAUUGUGUGUAGCCUAUCAAGACGAGCUUGAGAUUGUUUCUAUCUAUAUUAAACUGCUAAUGAGGGAAGCCAUGCUGCUUCUCGUCGAUGUGUUUCAUAUUCUUAAAA